CAGGGUCUUUGGGGGGCUGGGGCUGGGGGCUGGGAUCCUGUGCGAGGCCUUCUCAGCACAUCGGGCUGCAGGAUUAGGCUGAGGGUUUGGCCAAAUGCACCGAGCGGGGCCGGGAAGGAUAGCGGCAAUGCCGGGGGUGGCAAGGAAGGAUGUGAGUGCUGCAUUUCAAACCUUGCCGCUGCCCAAAUUUCCCCUCCAUGGGGGCUGGAGGUGCUGCCCUGAGCCUGGCUGCGCCCAGCGUGGCGACUCCAGUCGGCAAUGAUUUACCAGCCCCAGGGGAGCCUCCGCCCGCAGACCUUUGAGCCAGGCCUGGCUGCGCCGCGGCUGCUCCGCACUGAGAAAUGUUCUCCCUGGGGUCCUGGCUGCCGGCGUGGCCCGGGCUGGCGUGGGGCUGGGCUCUGCUGGAUGCGCUGCUGCAAGGUGAGAGCCCGCGGGGUGGCACGGGACCACGGGGAUGGGGGGACGCGGUGACCCCCCUGCUGCUUGUCCCCACAGGGCUGGUUGGUGCCUGUGCUGUCUCGGUGCUCUGCAGCCUCCUGAAGGUUUAUCUCUACAUCCAGUGUCUGAAUGACCCGGCAAGGCAGGAGCUGAAGGCAGCAAUCGGGGCACAGCGGCGGGCGCUGGAGCUGCUGCAGGUGCUGGUGCUGACGGGCGUCUUGGCGCUGGUGGGCUCCCGCGUGGCCGCGCUGGUGGUGCUCGAGUUCUCCCUGCGUGCCGUGUCCGCCCUCCUCUCCCUCAGUAAGGGCACCCACAGCAGCCAGCUCCUCCUGCUGUGCCAGUACUCGCUGGGCUGCGGCGUGUCCUGCGGCCUCAGCUUCCUGCUGGAAGGGGCUCCCCACGGGACGAGCAACCUGGCGCUGGCGGCAGGCUUGGCGGGGCUGCUGGCCGUGCACGCCCGGCGCUUGGCUCUCCACACCUGCAGCCUCUACGAGCUGCACAGCCGGCAGAGCUACUGCGGCGUCUGCAUGCUGCUCCUCACCGCCGGCCACCGCAUCCCCCGGCUGCUGCGCAGAGCCCUGGUCAUCACCUUCACCGUGGCCGACCUGGCCGCCGUCUCGCUCAUCAACCGCGAUUUCCUCUCCACGGCGGAGGCCGUCCGCUUCUGGACGCCGCUCACCAUCUGCUACACGCUGCUGGUCAUCUACAUGCAAGAGGAGCAGCGGCCGAGCGCAGGCGGGCAGGCGGUCUUCCAGACGGUGCUGGUGCGCAUGGGCGGCCUCUUCAUCCUCCUCCUCACCGUGGGCCGCUGGGCAGACAUCCUGCACGUCCUCCUCUCGCUGCUGGGCGAGCUCUGGUGCCUGCUCCGUGCCGGCGUCCUGCUGGAGGCGUGCCGGCGGCAGGUGAGUGCCCCCGACUCAGCCCCGAGGCCACGGUGAGGGGCUGGCGCCCGCCUUCCCACUUCUCUCCCCUUCGUCUCCCGUAGGAUUGCGCCCAGCAGGGAUCGUCCUGAGAAGAAAGGCGUAAGUGGGGAUGAGAAAUGCGGGGUGGCUUCACCCAGCUCCCCAAAUUCUCCCCACUGCGCUGGAGAGCCCCUGCGGGGACCCAGGGAAGAGGGCUCCUGGAAGGCGCUCGACCCCAUCCCGUUGGACACAUGGGGCUGGGGGGAUGCUCACACGGCCCCUGUUUUUGGGGACGACCCCACAAGGCUGUGAUGGUGCUGGGGGGGGGGUUGGCUCCCUCCUCCUGCUCAGAACAUGGGAUUCUGAUGGAUAUCCCUGUCCUCAGGGGGUGCGUGGCCACGCCGCCAUGGUGUGGGACCUCCAGGGCUUUAUAAAGCACAGAAAAUAAAGUGUUUUUUUUUUUCUUCUU